AUGAAUGAUCUCUUGCUGCACUGCAGCAGCGACGCGGGUGCCGUAAAGCGACACCAUCGGUAUGGUCAUGUCCGUUUGCGCCCUUCGGACCGUUGCCGGCACUUGAUUUCAGGCUGGGAGAAACCUGUCCACGCGACUCUUUCCUCCACUACUACGCUUGCUGUGACGACAAUCCAUAUCAGUGCUGCUUCCAUUUCGAAACGUGGGCCGUGCUUCUUCGUUGCACCACGGGUGGCUCCUCUAAGAUCUCGAGGCGAAAUCUCGAAAAAGGACUAUGGUGGUCUUUGCAACGAUUUGCAUUGGAGCUCUGGCGGCAAUACUCUUCUUCUCUGGCCGACUUCUUCUACAACAACGGGAAACCCCGUGAAGAAUUGA